GGCCAGGAAUGGCUGCCAGGACAGCCUCAGUCAAGUCGACGCUAUGAGUUGAUGCCCGCACACCGUGCGUGAUCUUAGGCAUGCCGGAAUUAGUCCAGGUGAGACAUGUCUGCCUUCAUCGCGGGUUUCAUGCCCAAGGAACGCUGAGCCGCCUUGCUAGGUUGUUUUUGGUGUAGGCCCGGUCAAAAUCGCCAAGCACUUAAGGGACUGCUUUUCCGUCGACUUAUUUUGAACCAUCAUCAGUCGCUUGUUCUACCACAAUCCGGUUCCGCAUUUGAGGGUUACAUUCCUUUCUCUUCCUCUUAAUACUUACCUUUCAGAUCACGUUGAACGUAUCUGCUUUUUUUUCUUCUUCUUUCUUCCCAUUGUAAUCCACCGCUAGUCGGACGCCACUCUUUAAAAACCAGUACAUUUUUUUCGAUUCUAGUCUAAGUCUUCAUCAUGCGAUUCUCAACUCUCCUCCCUCUUCUCCUUGCGGCUGGUGUCGUGGCUCAGGGCAAUAAGAACGGCCAGAACAACAACAAGAAUGGCCGCCAGAACAAUGGUCAGAACAACGGUCAGAACAACGGUCAGAACAACGGUCAGAACAACGGUCAGAACAACGGUCAGAACAACGGUCAGAACAACGGUCAGAACAAUGGUCAGAACAACAACAACAACAACGGUGGAAACAACAACGCCCUACAACUCAACCCCAACAACGUCCAGAAAAACAGUCAGUCCAAUGGUCUCGGUAACAACGCGGAAGCUGGACAGGCUGCUUCCCUUACUGACCCGGCCAACUUCAUCAACCACUGUACCGGCAAGACGCUUACCAACGGUCUUCAGGUCAAGAGCGGAUCUUGUAACGGUAUUCCCAUGGGCGAUAUUCCUUCGACUCAGAACAUGAUCUCCGCUGUCUUCACUAACCCCAAGGAUGGUUCAACCGUUCAGGCCAACACGGCCAUAAAGUUCAGCGUCCAAAUCUCGAACUUGGCUGCUGGUUCAUUUACUAACCCUGACGUCACCUACUACGCCGCUCCCCAGACGGUCAACGGACAAGGAAAGAUCGUUGGCCACACUCACAUUACUGUCCAAGACUUGGGCGGUAACAUCAACACCAACACGCCUCCGGACCCAGUCAAGUUUGCUUUCUUCAAGGGUGUCAACGAUGCUGGUAACGGCCAAGGUCUCCUCAGUGCUGAUCUUGCCAAGGGCCUCCCUGCUGGUGUUUACCGUGCCUGCUCAAUGACUUCGGCUAGCAACCACCAGCCUGUUCUCAUGCCCGUCGCUCAACGUGGUCCCCAGGAUGACUGUGUAAGGUUUACCGUUACCAACGGCGGCGGUAACAACAAUGGCGGCAACAACAACAACAACAACAACAACGGUCAGAACAACGGUCAGAACAACGGACAGAACAACGGACAAAACAACAACAAUGGCCAGGGCGGACAGCGUGGACGCGGACGUGGACGUGGACGUGGACGUGGACGCUUCGCUCGCCGUGACUUGGUUGUCUAA